UGUGAAAACUUUGUAAAGCAGUUUUGUUUAUAAGCAAUUGUUUUAUUUAGCAAGACUAUCAUACUAUAUAUAUUGGGUUAGGACUUGUCAGUAUUUUAAAGAACAAUGCAGUGUUAUCCUAAGAUGUCGCCUAAACGGGAGCCCUUGGACCUGGGCUACGAACCAGAGAUGAUGCCGGGCGUUCGCCGGCUGGAGUUGCCGGCGCCGCCGGGCAAGGAAUUCCGUGCACCAGUGCUGAUAACGGCCCCAACACCUCCAUCAGCACACUCGGUGAUCCAAUGUAUGCGACCUCCACCGCCACCACCGCCGCCACCGCCACCACGCCUUCACAAACCGACAAUAUUCGAGGAACCAUCCAGCUCUAUUCCUGAUUUAGAAUUUGAUGGUACCACGGUGCUGUGUCGUGUGUGUGGUGACAAAGCAAGUGGAUUCCAUUAUGGUGUGCAUUCCUGUGAGGGCUGCAAGGGAUUCUUCAGACGCUCCAUACAACAGAAGAUCCAGUACAGGCCCUGCACGAAAAACCAACAGUGCUCCAUCCUUAGAAUCAACAGAAAUCGGUGUCAAUAUUGCCGAUUGAAAAAAUGUAUUGCUGUUGGCAUGAGCAGAGAUGCCGUCCGGUUCGGACGCGUGCCAAAGCGCGAGAAAGCGCGAAUCCUUGCUGCGAUGCAGCAAUCGUCGACGACACGCGCCCACGAGCAAGCAGCCGCCGCAGAAUUAGAUGAUGGCCCGCGGUUGCUGACGCGAGUGGUGCGUGCUCAUCUCGACACCUGCGAGUUCACGCGUGAUCGCGUUGCAGCUAUGCGCAAGCGUGCUCGUGAUUGUCCCACCUAUUCACAACCUACUUUGGCCUGCCCUCUAAAUCCAGCGCCAGAGUUGCAAUCUGAAAAAGAAUUUUCACAAAGAUUUGCGCACGUGAUUCGUGGAGUGAUAGACUUUGCUGGGCUCAUUCCCGGUUUCCAGUUACUCACACAAGAUGACAAAUUCACGUUGCUGAAGAGCGGUCUUUUUGACGCGUUAUUCGUACGUCUAAUCUGUAUGUUUGAUGCUCCACUGAACAGCAUAAUCUGCUUAAAUGGUCAGCUCAUGAAACGCGAUUCCAUACAAAGUGGUGCCAAUGCCAGGUUUCUCGUUGAUUCUACAUUCAAGUUUGCGGAACGUAUGAACUCGAUGAACCUAACAGAUGCCGAAAUUGGCCUAUUCUGUGCUAUCGUACUCAUCACGCCAGACCGACCUGGUCUUCGGAAUAUUGAGCUUGUCGAGAGGAUGCACUCACGGCUCAAAGCCUGUCUACAGACUGUCAUUUCACAGAAUAGAUCGGAUGGAGCUGGUUUUCUACGAGAAUUAAUGGAUACUCUUCCCGAUCUACGUACUCUCAGUACGCUCCAUACAGAGAAGUUGGUCGUAUUCCGCACAGAACAUAAAGAAUUAUUACGACAACAAAUGUGGGUUGAAGAUGAGAGUGCAUUGUGGGCCGAAUCCGGUGCUGAUGAUUCAGCUCGAAGCCCCAUCGGCUCGGUAUCUAGCAGCGAAUCUAGUGAGACAACAGGCGAUUGUGGCACUCCAUUAUUAGCCGCUACGUUGGCCGGACGACGCCGACUUGAUUCUCGAGGCUCUGUAGAUGAAGAAGCUUUAGGUGUAGCUCACUUAGCUCAUAAUGGAUUAACAGUUACACCUGUACGUCCCCCACCUCGUUAUCGUAAACUAGACUCGCCCACGGAUUCUGGUAUAGAGUCUGGAAAUGAAAAACACGAGAGGAUAGUCGGUCCUGAAUCUGGUUGUUCCAGCCCACGAUCAUCCCUCGAAGAACAUUCGGAAGACAGGCGACCGAUUGCCCCUGCAGACGAUAUGCCUGUGCUCAAACGCGUUCUUCAAGCUCCGCCGCUGUAUGACGCCAGUUCCUUGAUGGACGAGGCGUACAAACCGCACAAGAAAUUCCGUGCAAUGCGACGUGAUACGUGGAGUGAAGCCGAAGCACGGCCAGGGCGACCGACGCCGUCACCGCAACCACCUCAACAUCCGCAUCCAGCUAGCCCUGCGCACCCAGCUCAUUCACCGCGCCCACUUCGAGCGCCACUUUCUUCAACGCAUUCUGUGCUCGCUAAAAGCCUAAUGGAAGGCCCCCGAAUGACACCCGAGCAAUUGAAGCGAACGGACAUCAUUCAGCAAUAUAUGCGGCGCGGUGAGACGGGUGCCCCAUCGGAAGGCUGCCCACUGAGAGCGGGCGGUCUGCUGACAUGCUUCCGCGGCGCAUCACCGGCGCCUCAGUCGGUAAUAGCACUGCAAGUGGAUGUUGCGGAGACGGAUGCUCCUCAGCCAUUGAACCUCUCAAAGAAGUCACCAUCGCCAUCGCCACCCCCUCCACCGCCGCGCUCCUACAUGCCGCCCAUGUUGCCGGCGUGAGGCCGGCCCGCGGAGCCGCACGUCUCCGCCACCCCACCCCGACCUAUUUUAAAUUAAAUAAAAAAAUUAGUUAAUAAUAAUCGCUCGGAGAUCGUUUUAAUAUAUUAUAUGUGAUAAUUCGUUUAGGACGCGUGCGUGUGUGGCCGGCGCCGGUCGAGGAGAGCGCAAUAGACUGAAAAAUAAUUUAAGACUAUAUAAGUGUAAUUUAUGCAAUGCAGCGCCGGUCGCGGUGUGUUUGUGUGUGUAUUGUAUGUACGUAUGUGAGCGUGCUCAGUCAUUUGUUUGUUAAUAUAAUGACAGGUUGUCGAAUUAAAAUAAAACAAACUUGUAAAAUUUA